UUGAAAGUGCAUAUAAGAAUCGACAGGUGAUUGGAGCUAAUUGUUAUCGACGAUCCCAAGAUUCUCAAGAACGCCAGAGUGGAGGGUGAAUGAGAUAAUAAGCGAGGGCCGAUACGGAUAAAUACGGGCCGAGUCAAUAGACGGACGACGGGGAGAGGCGAGCGAAGGCUACUUGUUGCCGUGAGGUUCCUAAAAAGUACUCAAAAUUGAUAGAAAGAACAAAAAGGCUGCUGCAACUGGUGCCUCAGCCGGGGACCAGCCGCCGCGCAAAAAGGGACGUCGCUCCGGAGGAUCUAACUCAUCUUCAGCCAUAGACUCGAACGCAGCGUCGACGUCGAGAGCGGCCCAACAGCAAGUCUCGUCCUCGUCCUCCACCUCCUCCUCGACCUCGAGUGCAACUGAAAGGAAAACUGAAUCGUCACAGUCCAGUCGAAAAAGCCUUUCGGAGGCAAAUAGACUGCAACAGAAUUGUACGACGUCCACGACGGACACCAAUACGAACAACACUAGUAAUAUCAACAGAUUAAUCGACAAUAGUUCUAGUAAUUCUGCUAUGAAUAUGCAGAAUACGACUGCGUUGUCAGGCUCUGCAGCAACCGGAGAUGGUUCUGGUUCCACUGUGGAAUUACCCACAGAUGGCGACCAAGCUACCCAUUUGGCUGGCAGCAGCACCACAGGCAGUGGCAGCGGCAGUGGCAGCGGUGCUGCUGCUGGUGAUGGACCAGCCGAUCAGUCUGUCCAGCAGCCAUCCAGUGCCCAUAGCAAUAAUACCACAAAUGGUCACGAUGUCAAACAAAAUGGUUUUGCUCCUAACAACAAUGGUAGCACCAGCAGCAACAACAAUUGUGCUCUGGAUGGCGAGAAUAAUCGUGAAAAUAAUGGCGGAUAUACGGGCGUGCAUUUGGAUAAGUCCAGUCAGGAGAUAAUACGCCUGAUUGGCCAAUAUCUGCACGACGUUGGUCUGGAGAAGUCGGUGAAGACGCUAAUGGGCGAAUCAAAUUGCUAUUUGGAGCAUCCAUCGGCAACGAAGUUCAGGGAGCAUGUCCUAGUGGGCGACUGGAGCAAGGCAGAUGGUGAUCUCAAGGACUUGGAGCCGUUGAUUGACAAUGGAAAAACCGCAACAAUUACCGAAAUGAAGUUCAUAUUGUUAGAGCAAAAAUAUUUGGAGCAUUUGGAUGAUGGCAAUCCGUUGGAUGCACUGCAUGUGCUGCGCAGCGAAUUGACGCCACUGCAGCAUAAUAUUGCGCGUGUACAUCAGUUGACCUCGUACAUGAUGUGUUCGACCAAUCACGACCUCUACCAGCGCGCCAAAUGGGAUGGCAAGGGGAUCACAUCGCGUGCUCUAGUCAUGGAGCGUCUGCAGACAUUUAUGCCGCCAUCGGUGAUGAUGUCGCCGCGUCGCCUGCGUACAUUGCUGCAGCAGGCGGUCGACCUGCAAACUCAGAACUGCCCCUGUCAUGACAUGGCCUGGCAGACGAACCUGCAAACAGUCUCGCUGCUCACCGAUCAUUGUUGCACCACAGAUGGGUUUCCCAUGCAGACAAUACAAGUGCUGACCGAUCAUUGUGACGAGGUCUGGUUCUGUAAAUUCUCGCCCGAUGGCCUCAAACUCGCAACGGGCAGCAAAGAUUCCACUGUGAUCAUCUGGGAUGUAGAUCCGUACAAGCUGACGCUUAAGCAUCGUCGCGUUCUCGACGGUCAAGCGCAACUGAAUGUGAGUUUCGUUAGCUGGAGUCCAGACUCAAAGCUCAUCCUGGUGGGUGGCACUGAGGACUCGCACGAGCUGUUCAUCUGGAAUGUCGACGAUGGCAAGCUGGUGGUGAAGUUUUCUCAAUCCCUGGAGGAUAGUCUCGCGUGCGGCACGUUCAGUCGCGAUGGCAAUCAUUUCGUUUGCGGCGGCCAAAAGGGCCAGCUCUACCUGUGCGAUCUGAAUGGUACUCUAAUCGACUCCUGGGAGGGUGUGCGUGUCAACAGCGUCGCCUUCCGGGCAGAUAACAAAACCAUUUUAGCGGCCGAUAAUCACUAUCGCAUAAGAGGCUAUAAUUUCGAUAAUCCACGCUCGGACUUUGAUAUACUUCGGGAACCGCAUCCAAUCAUGACGUUCAGCAUCAAUGCGGCUGAUCGUCUGGCUCUGUUGAAUGUAUCCAAUCAGGGCCUGCAUCUGUGGGACAUCGAGGAUAAGUGCCUGGUGCGACGUUUCCAAGGGAUUAGACAAAGCAACUUUGCCAUUCAUUCGUGCUUUGGCGGCUUAAACGAGAGCUUCGUGGCGAGCGGUAGCGAGGACAAGGUUGUGUACAUUUGGCACCUGAAGCGCGAGGAGCCAUUGGCUAAGCUGGCCGGCCACACCAAGACGGUUAACUGUGUGUCCUGGAAUCCAGUCUAUCCGUCCCUACUAGCCAGCGCUAGCGAUGAUGCCACCGUUCGUAUUUGGGGGCCGAAGCCAACCGGUAGCAGUGCAACGACAGAGAGUGACGAUUGUUCGUCCAGUUCGUCGUCCUCCUCAUGGAACAUGACCUAAAACCGCAAUUUUCAUACCGAUUUAUUUUUGUGGUGGAUACCGAUGCCGUUGCGGGGGUUGUCGUGUACAAUUUGGGGUUGUUUUUUGUAUUGUUUUAGUCAAAGGUCAUAUAGCCUAUAUAUUAAUCUAUUCAUACUUAUAGUUGUAUUUAAAUAUUGCAAUAGUAUUUUUCCGCUAUCAUCA